AUGGCACCUUCUCUCGUUACGCUCAAACGCCCCCACAAGUGGCUUUUGCACUUAGACACCGGGGAUGAGAAGUGGAUUCCAUAUCCUAACAUUCACCGGCGUGCCCAAUGGGUUGACGAAUGCGCAGAUGCAGAAGACGCACCUAAACUCAACUUAACGUACACGGCAAAAAGGUUAUGCUCUGCAUCUGGUGGAGCGCACACGAUGUCGAACUGGGAGCUGCUCGCUGAAGGGUGUGCAGUGACCGCAGACGUCUCCACUGAGCAACUGAGGAAUUUAAAGGCAAAUCUCGAAAAUGCACGCCCGCCGCCUCACGAAGUCUACUUCCAUCACAACAACGCUCGGGCACACAUUGCAGGAACGAAAAGUGCUGAACCAAAGUGA